AUGACCACGAUCGCGGCAAGUUUUCCAUUUUUUCAUAACUCUGACUUUAAUUAAUUUUACUUGGUAUAACGCUUGUUUUAGUAAAGUAUAUCUUACCUAAAAUUUGAAAAACUUCAAAAAAUUUUAAAUGUAGCUUUCAAACUUCAAAAAUCGUUAUUUUUUACGGUAAAAUGUCAUUUUUUUGUCAUAUUACACUCGUUUUGUAGAAAAAAUUUAUAUCAAUAGCAUAAAAAAUUACAGUAGGAUUCAUAUUGUAUAAAAAAUCAGGAAUUUAAAAGAUUUUAGCUAUGAAGUAGUUGUUAUAGAAGAGUUCGUUAUACAAGAGUUCCCCUUUAUACUUUACUAUUAUAUAAAGUUACAAGAGGCCACUGUAUACGUUAUUAUAUAAAAAUUACUGUAUAGUAAUUUUAUAAGUUUCAGCGAGUCAGCGCACUAAAAAGUUGUUCGACGAUAGCAGAUGUAGAGAAGCUGGCCAAACUUCGAUUGGCCGUCAAUGUCAAAGACUUUGUCUGUGGCGGUGCUGAGGGACAAUGGACUUUGGAGAGGAAUGUCAGACAGUUCGAAAAGUAGGGUUUUGUUUAGUACAGUAUCCAAGAAUAUCAACAAAAAGUAAAGGUUUUGGUGGUAUUUUUUGCUUUCACAGCAACUUAUUGUUAGGUAAAAAAUGCAAUGUAAUACACUUUCUACAGAAUCUACAUUGUAGUAACCUCAUUUUAGAUUCUUGAUUCGCAAACGAAUACCUGAUAAAAUAAGGACAGAAGUUUGUUUAAAAACAGAACUGCAAAUCAAGAAUACAAAGCUUGAGUAUGAUUUGCCAAUCGGAAUGUCACCAAUCUCUCUGCAUGGACUAGUCCACGCCAAAGCCGAGGAACCUAUGAUUACUGGUGAGUUGUAUUAGUUACUGUAAUUUGACUCUUUUUUUAUUUUCAGCUUCAAAUACACUAAACGUGCCAGCAAUUGCCAGUUCUUUAUCCAACUUGCCCUUUGAUAAGAUUGCCACAGUUUCUAAAGAAAACAAUGCUUGGAUUCAGAUGUAUAUACCAGCCAAUGAGAAACAUAUGUUUCGCUCUAUCGAACUCAUUCACAAAUUAGAUUACAAGGUAAGUUAUUAAACUUCUAUACAGUAAGCCUUCUGUUGAGUUACUUUAAAAUACCCUACCCUGCCUUAAACUAUCUUGUAGUCUACACCCUACCCUAUCGAAUACAACAUCCUAUACUUGCUCCCUACCCCUACAAUUACAAGUUUUUUACAAAAUAUAAUUCUAAAAAAUCAGUUUCAAUUUCAUAUCGUUUUAGGCACUAGUAGUAUCAAUAGGCUGCCCAAUCUCAGGCCGAAGACGGAACGACGAGAGAAAUCAGUUUUCCUUGCCAGCACACCUUCGCUACGGUAACUUUCCCCAUGUUCGCAGCUCACCACACAAACACCCCGCCCCACUUUUACAUUCAGAACAUAUCAGUCAGUAUGUCAGUCAGACCUUUCAGUGGGAAAACCUGAAGGACAUCAUACAGAAGAGUGAUAUGCCGGUAAGUUAAGGUAGAGAGAUUUCCUGGCUGGUCUUGCUUCUUUUAUGUAUAUUUAUUGUUAUGUAAGGUAUUUUUACAUUAUAAUGUAAACAUCAUACAAUUAGUUUUCAGGUUAUUGCCAAAGGCAUUCUUCGUGGAGACGACGCCGAACGAGCUAUAGAAGCCGGUUGUCACGGUAUUUUUGUCUCUAAUCACGGUGGAAGACAACUAGAUCAUGUUCCAGCUACUGUGAGUUAACUCCGAAAAUAGCCUUUUUACCACCCCCCCCCUCCCGCCGCAGGGUUUAAAUGGUAAUAGAAAGCUUUUUUGAAAGAAACUUUUUUGGGAUUAGAAAGCGUAGAACUGUUUAUAAAAAUAAUUAAUCAUGAGUAUACCUAUAAAAUGAUAAUCAUAAGUAUGAUUCCUAUAAAAAUAAUCGGUAUGAUACUUAUAAAUCCAUAUUUUCAGAUAGAAUGCCUGAGGGAAAUUGUGAAAUUAGUGAACAAAAGAGUGCCAAUUCUAAUGGACUGUGGAGUACGGUCUGGAGCCGACAUACUCAAAGCCCUCGGGCUGGGUGCUGAUUUUGUUUUUAUUGGACGUCCUUAUCUUUAUGGUCUUUCAUUAAGUGUAAGUUUAUAUUUUUAAAACCUAAAGUAUUACCCAAAUGUCAUUUGCAUUGGAAGACGAGUACUAGAAUAAUGUAGUUUAAGAUCUCAAAAACAUUAGUGAUCUUUUACACCACUUUUGAAUGUAAUAAAAAGUCUAUUUCGUGAUAGUACUAGGUAAAUCUCAAAUUAUUAGGUUGUUCAAAAAAUUCUAUGCUCCUUAAUCCACAAAAUUUGCUUUGCUAGGGGGCACAGAAUUAUUUGAACAACCUAAUAUUACACUAACUUUAGAAAGUAUUGAAGUAACUCUACUUACUUUUAGGGAAAAGCGGGUAUUAUCCAUGUGUUUGACAUUUUAAAACAAGAACUGGUCGAUGAAUUAACAGCAGCUGGUUAUUCGGAUAUCCAGUCGGUCAAAGAUGACGUGAUAAACAACUUUGUCGUACAUGAAAGCUAUUACAAUGACAUUUGA